UCACAAUACAAAUCACAAUUCAAAUGUUCAGAUAUAAAUUUGUUCUCAUGCAAUAGAAAACAAGUAAUUGAAGUGAAUUUCCGUUUGAAAUGAGUUCAAUCGAAUACAACGCAGGCAAUUACCGGGCAGUCAAGUCCAUUCAAUUUGGAAUCUUGUCGCCCGACGAAAUCAGGCGGAUGUCGGUGACCGAUGGCGGAAUAGAAUUGUCAGCAACAAUGGAAUCCGGAAAGCCGGCAAUGGGUGGCCUAAUGGACCCUCGCCAAGGAGCUAUCGAUCGAAGUUCACGGUGCAUGACCUGCACCAAUGAUCUCAUCGAUUGUCCUGGUCAUUUCGGCCACCUUGAACUUGCGAAGCCAGUCUUCCAUGUUGGAUUCAUAUUGAAAACCAUAAAAAUACUUCGUUGUGUUUGUUUCAACUGCUCCCGCUUACUGGUUUCUCCCACAAAUCCCAAGAUAAAACAGAUUCUCCAUAGAACCAAGGACAAGCCAAAGGUCAGACUGCGAAUGAUCUGUGAGGCUUCCCAUGACAAGGUAAUAUGUGAAGGUGGCGAACAAAUAGACUUCCACAAACGCAUUGGCGAUCGCGCUGUUCACGGUGGUUGUGGCCAUUAUCAGCCAAAAAUAAGACGCCUUGGUUUGACUCUGACCGCACAUUGGAAGCAAAUCGAUAAGUACCAACAAGAACACAAUAUGAAUCUGACUGCCGAGAAGGUUUUGGAGAUAUUCAGGCGUAUUUCCAAUAGUGAUUGUGUUGUCCUCGGUAUGGACCCAAAACUAGCUCGUCCCGAUUGGAUGAUAACAUCGGUUAUGCCUGUUCCACCUCUGUGUGUACGCCCGGCAGUUGUAAUGUACGGUGCCGCACGCAACCAAGACGAUCUCACUCACAAGUUGGCAGACAUAAUUCAAGCCAAUAAUUUGCUAAAGACAAACUUACACAACGGAGUAGCCCCAACUAUAAUCGAGCAGAAUGUGACAAUGCUUCAGUUUCAUGUUGCGACAUUUUUGGACAACAAUCAGCCAAGCCUGCCCAGGUCGCUUCAAAAAUCCGGCAAACCUCUAAAAUGCAUCAAAUCUCGAUUAAAGGGCAAAGAAGGUCGCGUCCGAGGCAAUCUCAUGGGCAAACGUGUCGACUUCUCUGCGCGUACUGUGAUAACUCCCGAUCCGAAUUUGGAAAUCCUGCAAGUGGGAGUGCCCCGAUCGAUUGCACUGAAUCUGACCUACCCAGAAAUAGUCACUCCAUUCAACAUAGAUCUGAUGAAAAUGUUGGUAAGUCGAGGAUGUGACCAGUAUCCGGGAGCCAAGUUCAUAAAACGAUCGAAUGGGGAGCGCGUCGAUUUGCGUUUUCAUCCCAAUCCAAGUGAUCUGCACCUUGAGUAUGGCUACAUUGUGGAGAGACACAUCCGUGACGACGAUUUGGUCAUCUUCAAUCGGCAGCCAACCCUACACAAGAUGAGUAUGAUGGGUCAUAGAGUAAAGGUGCUGCCAUGGUCGACAUUCCGAAUGAACCUUUCCUGCACCUCGCCCUACAACGCUGAUUUCGACGGCGAUGAGAUGAACCUACACGUACCCCAGAGCAUUGAAACUUGUGCUGAGAUCGACAACAUUCAUGUGACUCCACGACAAAUUCUCACUCCGCAGUCGAAUAAGCCAGUCAUGGGGAUCGUGCAGGACGCCCUGAUCGGCGUUUCCAAGAUGACAAGGCGUGACGUAUAUCUGGACAAAGAGCAGAUGAUGAACCUUUUGAUGUAUUUGCCGACUUGGAACGGAAGAGUCCCCAUGCCGGCGAUUUUGAGGCCAACGCCAAUGUGGACUGGUAAGCAACUCUUUUCUCUGAUUAUUCCAGGUAAUCUUAACAUGCACAGGACGCACUCUACACAUCCCGACGAGGAGGAUGAAGGUCCUUACAAGUGGAUAUCGGUAGGCGAUACCAAAGUUGUAGUCGAGUUCGGAGACUUAAUCAUGGGAAUGUUGUGUAAAAAGUCGCUUGGCGCGUCAUCCGGCUCUCUCCUGCACAUCUGCUUCAUUGAACAUGGCUUCGAAAUAGCCGGCAAAUUCUAUGCCAAUAUCCAAAAGGUUGUCAAUGCCUGGUUGCUGUACGAAGGACAUACAAUUGGCAUAUCCGACACCAUUGCUGACCCGGAUACAUAUUGUGAAAUCCAAUCGGUGAUCCACAAUGCCAAAGUUAAAGUGGAACAAGUUAUAAGCGAUGCCCAUAACAUGAAGCUCGAGGCCACGCCAGGCAACACACUCCGCCAGACAUUCGAGAAUCAAGUGAAUCGCAUACUGAACGAUGCACGCGACAAGACCGGAGGCUCAGCCAAAAAAUCCCUAACAGAAUACAAUAACCUGAAGUCGAUGGUGGUCGCAGGUUCGAAGGGUUCCAAUAUAAACAUAUCGCAGGUUAUUGCGUGCGUGGGCCAGCAAAAUGUUGAAGGAAAACGGAUACCCUAUGGGUUCCGUAAACGUACUUUGCCACAUUUCAUUAAGGACGAUUUCGGACCAGAGGCCAAGGGAUUUGUCGCUAAUUCUUACCUCGCCGGGCUCACACCCUCGGAAUUCUACUUCCAUGCAAUGGGAGGGCGUGAGGGCCUCAUUGAUACUGCAGUUAAGACGGCCGAAACUGGGUAUAUUCAGCGCCGUUUAAUAAAGGCUAUGGAAUCUGUAAUGGUGCAAUACGAUGGCACGGUACGCAACGCUGAGAGUGAUAUAAUCCAAUAUUGCUACGGUGAAGAUGGCCUGGCUGGAGAAUCUGUGGAAUUCCAGCACCUCUCCACAAUAAAGCUCUCCAAUCAUGCGUUUGAGAAGCAAUUCAGGUUUGACUACUCCCAGAGGCGACACAUGGAGAACCUCUUCACCAGUGAGGCGCGGUCUGUUCUACAAAAGUCCGAAACUCUUGUGGCUGAGCUGGAAAAUGAGUGGGAACAGUUGCGCCGUGACCGUGCCGAAUUAAGACGCAUAUUUCCCACAGGGGAAUCGAAAGUGGUUCUUCCGUGUAAUAUUCAAAGAAUGAUUUGGAACGUCCAGAAAAUCUUUCACAUUGACUAUCGCCAACCAACGAACCUGACGCCGCCCGAAGUUAUCAGUGGAGUGAGGAGUCUCCUGAAGAAUUGCCUUAUUGUUAAUGGCGAAGAUCGGCUCUCGUGCCAGGCGAAUGAAAAUGCAACUUUUCUCUUCCAAUGCCUGGUUCGUGCGAAUCUAUGCUCUAAAAUGGUCAUCGACAAAUACCGUUUGUCAUCGGAGGCAUUCGAGAUGCUUGUGGGUGAGAUUAUCAGUCGUUUUCGAGUAGCUCAAGUGCAGCCGGGGGAGAUGGUCGGGGCACUCUCUGCUCAAUCGCUCGGCGAGCCAGCUACGCAGAUGACACUGAAUACGUUUCAUUUUGCUGGAGUUUCGGCAAAGAAUGUCACCUUGGGUGUUCCCCGUUUAAAGGAAAUCAUAAAUGUUGCUAAGAAACCAAAGUCGCCUUCGCUUACUGUUUUCUUAACUGGUCCAGCAGCCAGAGACGUAGAGAAGGCCAAGGACGUUCUGUGUCGUUUGGAGCACACAACUCUUAGGACGGUAACAACAAACACGGCUAUUUACUACGAUCCCGAUCCACGGCAAACUGUAAUCCUGGAAGACCAGGAUUUUGUUGAUAUUUACUAUGAAAUGCCGGAUUUCGAUCCAAUUGACGUAUCGCCCUGGCUCUUGCGCUUCGAGUUGAAUAGAAAAUUUAUGACUGAGAAGAAACUUUCCAUGGAACUAAUAGCUGAGAAGAUUGGUCUGGCUUUUGGCGAUGAUUUAAAGUGCAUUUUCAAUGACGACAAUGCCGAACAACUGAUCCUUCGCAUACGAAUAAAGAAUUCACCAGAGGAAUACAAGUUCCACAAUGAUGACAGAGAAGAAUCGGGACAUGAUAGCAUGGAGGACAGUUUGUUCUUGCGGUGCAUUGAGAACUCAAUCCUCUCGGAUAUGACUCUGCAGGGCAUAGAGGCAAUAAGUAAAGUCUACAUGCACCUUCCACAGGUGGACUCGAAAAAGAGAACCGUCAUAACAGAAAGUGGAGAGUUCAAACCUGUGGCCGAAUGGAUUCUCGAGACAGAUGGAACUUCCCUGAUGAAAGUUUUAUCGGAUCCUAGUGUCGAUUAUGUUCGAACUUAUAGCAAUGAUAUUUGCGAGAUUUUCAGUGUAUUCGGCAUAGAGGCAGUUCGGAAAUCUAUUGACAAGGAAAUGAAUACUGUUCUGCAAUUCUAUGGACUCUAUGUAAACCACCGUCAUCUAAGUUUGCUAUGCGAUGUUAUGACUGCCAAAGGACACCUUAUGGCCAUCACCAGGCACGGUAUUAAUCGCCAACAUGUGGGCGCAUUGAUGAGGUGUUCGUUUGAAGAAACCGUAGAUGUACUUCUAGACGCAGCUGCACACGCCGAGGUCGACCAUUUGCGUGGAAUAUCGGAGAAUAUAAUUCUCGGUCAACUUGCUCGGAUAGGAACUGGAGCUUUUGAUAUUCUAUUGGAUGCAAAAAAAUGCGAGAUGGCUAUGUAUGUUGAUGGCACAGCAGUAAAGGAUGGCACUUAUCUGUAUGGUAAUAGCUUCACUCCAUAUCCGUCUCCAGCGGCUUCGAUUAUUUCAAAUUCUUGCGGCAGCACAAGAAGCGUUUGUUUCUCUCCAACAUCUGCCCAUACCAGCAUUACUGGGUAUGAGAGUCCCGGGUCGCCAUACUAUUCGCCCUUAUCCCCCGGCAGCCCCUAUACUUUUGAGGGGUCGUGGGCGCCUAAAAUGACUACUAUGGAAUCGCCACAAUACUCUCCGACUUCGCCUAUUUAUUUGCCUAGCUGUCAUUACCUUGCCGAGAGUCCUCGAGCUUUGACGCGUUGUGAUUCGUAUUCGCCUACCAGUCCGAACGCUUCUCCAGCCAAUUCGACUCCCAGAUAUUCGCCAAGUUCUCCUUGUUACGACAUGAAAUUUGGAACGCAAUCUUUAUCACCUAGUUAUUCACCUUUAUCACCACACUACUCGCCACAACUUCUCUCUUGUCAACCCUCAUCACCUAUUAAUUCUUCAACUUAUUCCCCAACAACAACAACUUUAAAUUCUUCACCCUACUCACCAUCAUCUCCGCUAGUCAAUUCUCCAUCUCCAAACACUCAAGGAUCAGCAGAGACAAGGAUAAAACAAGAGAAACAAUCACGACAGUAUUCACCUUCGAGUCCAACAUUUUCGCCCGCAAAUUCUAUAUAUUCGAACUUUAGGGUGAUGACACCAAAUUAUUCUCCAGCAAGCCCGAAUUAUUCUCCAGCAAGUCCAAAUUAUUCUCCAACAAGUCCAAAUUAUUCUCCAGCAAGCCCAACAUACUCACCGACAAGUCCAUCAUACACCCCGACAAGUCCAAAGUAUUCAUCACACGAGCGAACAACAGUUUCGAUUUCUGGUUAUUCGCCGGUUAGCCCUACUUAUGCUCCAACUGUAAUUAGUGUAGGCUACUCGCCCACAAGUCCAGCAUACUCGCCGUCGAGUCCAAAUUAUUCACCAUCAAGCCCUUCCUCGACAUCGACAUACUCACCCAAUAGUCCUCAUUUUAUGUCACCUCCUCGCGCUAAUACCCUAAAACAGAAGAACUAUCCAGAAAGCUCACAAUACUCACCAAGCAGCCCUUCUAAUAAUAAUUCACCUGCUUCAUCCCCAGGAUCUUCAAUAAAUCUAUCAAAUUUGAUGUAUUCACCAGCAAGUCCAACUUAUUCGUCAAUUUUCGCGAACGAAUCUAGUCAUGGCAGUCGAUAUCUAAAUCAAACGUAUUCUCCAGCGGCAAGAAAUUGUGUUGUCGUUCCAGGAGCUUUACCCAUCAGUCCAGGAUACAUUGAAUCACCACCAACAAGCCCUGUUAUAUCUCCUUACACAGAUUUGGAUGACUCCUAUUCACCACAGUCUCCAGAAGCUGAAUUAUUUUUCGAGUAAUUAUUUUCGUUGUUUGAUUUUAAUAUUUUAUUCUUCUAUUCUAAAAAAGGAGAACAACUCAAUUAUCAUACAUUUUUAUUUUAGUUUGUUUAUAAAUUAAUCAAAUAUUCAUUACUAUUUGUUGUUAAUUAUUUAACAUAGCUUUUUUUAUUAUUUGAUUUAACCUUUAAAAGACUUAAUUUUGUUUGGGUUUACUAAAU